AUCUACGGUCAAUGUCUCUCUUUCAGUUCUACUGGCUCGAAAGAAAUGUAUUUAUAAAAGCACAAAAUAUGAUCUGACACACUCAAGAAGAGCUAUGGGCAGAAAGCAACGUAGUUGGGCUUAAAAUAAAUUCGGCCGCCAAUGCUGACGUUCCAUUUUUCGGUAUGGAUUAUAGUAGUUGUACUAAUUACAGACGAGGGGUAAGUCUGUGUCUGUCCUGGCGCUCAAAACUGAUAAGCACCAAAAGGCACGGCACAGCUGUGCGCAUUGGGGGCUGGGCAAGCUCGAGCACUAGGCUUUUCAGUAUACCGGUAGGUAAACCCUUCAGGCCAAGAACACUUAUUAUAUAUCCAGCGGGUAUUCCCCGAACAGAAAUAAGGACACAUCAUCUAAAACAGAUGUCUUCGGCAAACAGCAGAUAUCCCUCGAGAUGACCGAUGGGGGUAAUUGGCGCAGCAAUCAGAAAGACGCGGCGCCUCAGAAGGCGAUACGCUGUCACCAUCACAAUGAGGACGUUUCUGGAAAAUCGACAGUUUGACACUACUUCGAAUUCUUCAAAGAGUCUACCACACCAUCCCAUGAGAGGUAUCACGCCAGAUUUAGGCGACGAAACUAGGGAAGACGAUAUGUACCUUUUUGAUACUCCUCCUCAACAACCUCCGACCUUGGACCCCGACCACGAAUUUAUGAAGAUUAAAGAUCCUAUCACGACAUUUGUUCUGAAGCAAUUCCUAGAGUUCCGAAUAGCCAGCGAUUCUAAAAAGGGGGGUAGAAGCUGGUCUAAGAUGCGAAGGUGGUCCGAUGACAAGGUCGAAGAUGAAGAAAUGGUAGUGAAUGCCGAAACCCCUAUCCCCAUCCAACGCCAUUAUGCAUGCCCCUUCUAUAUAUAUAACCCGGAGAAACAUCUUACUUGCCUUACGAGAGUCAAUCUCGUAGAGAUAAAAGACAUCAAGCAGCAUCUCUGGAAUGCUCACCGGUUACUGCCAUAUUGUCCAACUUGUGGUGAAACCUUUACCACAACGGGAAAUUCCGAUAUACAUAUUCGACGCCGAUCCUGCAGCCCUCGGGGAAUCCCGCGACCCGAAGGCAUCAGCCUACAGCAGAUGCAGCAACUGGCACGACGUGCGGAAGCCUGGAUGUCCGAAGACUUACAAUGGCUGUCCAUCUGGGAAAUCGUUUUCCCCGGUGCAGAAUUACCAGACUUUACCCACCCUUCACGCACUGUAGAAUCCAUCGUCUGCCAAUUUCAAGAUUACUGGUCAAGCCACGGAGAAAAGGUCAUAUCUGAUUUUCUCGAAGAGAAGGGCUUCGCCGCUUAUAAGCUGCCAGACGAAGAACAGAAUUUGGUGGCUUUGCGUAGUAUCAUUCUCGAUCAAGUUAUUGAUCGGCUAGUGGAAAGUUUCGAACACGACAACGAUAGCACUAUCUCUACAAAGACCGAGAAAGUCUUAGCUUCGCUAUAACAGUAAUAACGAGGCAGAAUGAGGAGACGAUAUAAUGAUUUAUGGCUGAGAAUGGAUACCUGGCCGGCUGGAGCAAGGCGUUAUAGACUGAGAGUGUGUUUUUUAUAGACUUGACGGACAUUUCAUGUACGGUUUUAGACCACAUACCUAUACAAUUAUUUUCAAGAACUGAUGAAAUCAUGGGUAUUCUAAGGAGGCCACCUAGAAACAAGUGUAAUUUAAGAUUUUGAGUUAAUUCUUUCCGCAAAACAAUCACUUUGAUUUUACCCCUG